CUACCUUUAAUAUCGGCGCUGUUGGUGUAUGGAUCGUAUUUGAUGCAGCGACAGAGCUAAGUUUUUGAAGUGUCCAGAUUUUACUGAUAAUUUAUUUUUUGUGUGGAUAUAUAUCCUUUUUUAAUGCUACGAGAAGUCUUUUUUAAAGCAAGUUCACUCAAGUUGGGAUGGCUGUUAUAUAUUGUUUUACUAAUAGUACGUGACCGCCGAACUAAAGUGACACAUCCGGUUGCUAGCCCAGCGAGCUUAUUGCCAAGAUCGUGAAGGGACAGUUAUAUUUCAUGAAAAUAUUCACUAUCAAGUCUGAUCUACCGUGACUUAUCUCUUCUUUGGAUGUUUUAUAUUCUACCUGAGACUCAGCCAAUUUGUCAGUCCUCAUAACCUUCAAAUGACUGUGCCUGUACUUUUCACAACCUGUAGUUCAAUCAGUCUAGAUUAAUACUACAGUUUGCACAAUCUAGCCACGCUUAUCUAAUAACCCAAAAAGGUUCACCAUGGUUAUCUUAUAAAGUGGGAGUUCAAAGAAGGCUGGAAGACCUGACAUACUGUGUUACUGUCAACACAAGCUGUAGGUUGGCCAGAACUUGAAAAUGACCAGCCUGUUUAGGCGCAGCAAUAGUAAUGGAGGAUCCAGAAGUAGUGGUGGUGGCAAUGAAGAACAUGGUGAGCUUAAUAACAGCAGGCCCAACAGACAAGUCCGCCGCCUGGAAUUCAACCAGGCAAUGCAGGACUUUAAGACUAUGUUUCCGACAAUGGACUAUGAAGUAAUUGAGUGCGUGCUACGUUCCAACAACGGAGCUGUGGAUGCAACUAUUGAUCAGCUUCUACAGAUGAGCAUUGAUGGACAACUUUCAAAUGACAGCUCAGACUCUGAUGACAGCAUCCCACCAGAGAUUCUGGAGAGGACUCUUGAACCCGACAGUUCAGAUGAGGAACCACCUCCAAUCUACUCCCCACCCACAUGUGAUGCACACAUUUAUGACAGAAAAUAUCCAGAAGCUACACCAAAACCUCCACCAAGAUUUGAUGCCCAGUCGCCUUCCGGUCACAAAGAAGUCAGACAUUUCAGAAACUGGAACCCUCCUUUGCUUGGUAAUCUCCCAGAUCAAUUCUUGAGGAUCCUGCCUCAACAACUACAAAGUAUAAAGCAGAGUACUCGGGGCCAUCUCUCCCAGCCUGGUUCAUCAUCCUCCUCUUCAGUCACAAUCAACCAUUGGACGGGCCAGUCAAGUUCUCAGUCUGGAGCUGCAAGUACCACUGGUGGCCUCGGUCUCACAGCAGGAGCUACAGAGCAAGACAAGAAACUAAAGCAGUAUCUGGAAGAUGAGCGCAUUGCCCUAUUCCUACAGAAUGAGGAGUUCAUGAGAGAGUUGCAGCGAAACAGGGACUUUCUUGUUGCUUUAGAGAGAGAUCGCUUGAAGUACGAAUCCAAAAAAUCCAAGCUUGGAUCAUCGAGCUUGGAAAAUUGCACAGGAGAACAUUUACCUGCACCUUCAUUGGAGACUGUGUCAGACGAUGCACUGUUUAGAGACAAACUCAAACAUAUGGGCAAAUCCACAAGAAAGAAGCUGUUUGAAAUUGCCAAAACAUUCUCUGAGAAGACCAAAAGAAGAAAUGUAAAAAGGAGAAUGCUUCUAAAGCACCAUUCAUUGGGGACCGCUAAUUCCACAGCCAAUCUCCUUGACGAUGUUGAAGGAAACUUGUGUGAACUCAUAUGAUGGUGCUUCAAAGUCCAGAUGGAAAAUGGCGCUUAUGGCGAAAAUACCAAAGAGUUGUUCAAGGCAAAGCAGUGGAAUGCUAACCAGACCGACAUCUAAGUGAGCAUGCAUUUCACUUGCUGAAGACUAAAUUGAAGAGGAAAUGUUCCAAGAACAAGCCAGAACAGAAGACCGUUGCAACAAAAGUCUGACAGAGCAUCAACAGAGAUGAAACCCGGUGUCUAGUUACAUCCUUGCAUUCCAGACUAUAGGGUGUAAAUGGACUGCAAACGAUUUGCAGAAGACCUUUGCAGCAGAAGUCUGGUACAGCAUCAGCAGAGAUGAAACCCGGUGUCUAGUUACUUUUUUGCAUUCCAAACUACAGGCCGUAAUGGACUGCAAACGAUUUGCAACAUAGUGUUAAAAAGGGAAAGUUUAAUUUAUGAUUGGUAAUUUGUCCAAUUACAUUUGGACCCUGAAUAACUGGGUGGCACAUAUCUGUUGUGAUACCUACACCAGGGGUGUAAAACGUUUAUUGUGAGCAAACUGUGGUGCUGAAUAUCCCCAAGGGAUCAAUAAAGUACAUUCUAUUCUAUUCUAUGUACAGUAGAUGGCAGUAUUGUCCUGUUUAAGAUGGUCACAACAUUGCUGAGUCUGUUCUCAUGGAGCUUGAGGGGGCGUGGCCUCCAGCUCCGACUGAAUUUCGGGAGAUUUACGGGAGAAAAUUUGUCCCGAGAGGUUUUCGGGAGAGGCGCUGAAUGUCGGGAGUCUCCCGGAAAAUCCGGGAGGAUUGGCAAGUAUGCCCAUGCUGCUACCUCUCUGCUCCGCGAGGGCGUAUACAUACGUGACGUAUGUAAGAAGGUGCGCUUGCUGUCUGUGAGAAGGAGAGACAAGAAAGGACGAGGAGAGCAGCUAAAAGCAACAGCGUGAGAACGUUUACUCGAAUAUCACGAUAUAGUAAUUUUCUAUAUCGCUCAGAGACAAACCCGCGAUAUAUCGGGUAUAUAUAUACCCAUUUGUAACUGACACUACCCAUAUCCACAUAGGUUUUAUUUGUCGAAAAGAUAUUUUGCCCUGUCAGUUGGAAUACACAUCAACAUACAGGCUAACGGGCAUAUAUUUCACCCGUUAGCUUGUAUUUCGAUGUGACAUUGACUGGGCUCGCAUGAUAAGCAUUACACUAAGCAUUCGUUGUACAAACAUACUAGCUUUUUUAGACAAGAUCAUAGACUGUAUUGGACAAUAUAGUUUACAUACCAAAUGUCAAUUUCCAUUUAGUACAAGUAAUAAGAAAAUGUAGAUGCCUGACUUACCUAUCAAGGAGGAAAUUAGCAGAUGGAAAAAAUCUUCUCUGCCUUCAAUCACCUCCAUUGUUCAAAGACAUCCCUGAUACAAAUCCAUACGUUGAGAAUCAUAACAAGAUCUUUUAGAAUUACUAAGGUCUGACAUGUUUAAUAACUUUACCAGUGGCAGUAGCUAGAUGAAGAUGGCGGUGCGUAACUGGCAACCUGGAUGUGACACACUCACAAACUUUGUAAUUGGUCAAAAGGUGGAGGGCGGGACAUUUAAAUGAAAACAAUAACAACAUUUUGGGGCUGUAUCAGCAUAUCUCGGCUAAACUACCAUUAGAAGUUAUAAAGGUAUUCAAAAAGAACGUGAUUUAUUAAUGUUUUUUUGACACUUCAGAGCCAUUUAAUGACUUGAGAUGAAAUUAUUACAUAUGGCUCCGUUAAUGGCAUUGUAAAAACAGUGAAACAAAGUUAAGUUCAUUGUGUUCUUGGUAUUUCUGAAACUACACCAAUUUUUUCCCUCAGAAUUUUCAACUAACUUGAAGUGAUCUGCCAAGAAAAUUAUUUGUAAUAUGUACUUUUUCUGAAUGUCCUUGUUCUAUUUUUGGCCAAAGUAAGAAAAAGAAAAACAA